UAUGUGAUCAAAUUAGAGGGAGCUAGAAUUGGAACAAAGACUACAGUUAUCCUCCUCUCCAGCUGGAGCUGAGGAGAUGACAUCGCUGUCGAAGUUGAGGUCUCUGGCUCCAUUUCUGUCGAAGACGUACGAUUUGGUCGAGGAAUCGAGGGAUUCUAACGACGUCGUAUCGUGGAACGAGGAGGGAUCGGGGUUCGUUGUUUGGUCGCCGGAGGAGUUUUCUCGGUUCGUGUUGCCUCGGUAUUUCAAGCACUGCAACUUCUCUAGCUUCAUUCGGCAGCUUAAUACUUACGGAUUCAAGAAGGCAUCUCCCGAUCGCUGGGAAUUCCGACACGAGAAGUUUCAGAAAGGGAAAAGAUGCUUGCUGUCAGAUAUUACCAGGAGAAGAUGCAAACCCAGUGUUUUCCCCAGUUUUCUCAGAGCCAGGGAGAAGAAAAGCUCAGCAGCUGAGAUUAAUGAAAAUGAGAUGCUGGAGCAAAACAAGAUGUUACAGAAGGAGAAUGAAGAGUUACGGUCACAGAUCGCAUAUUACGGAGAACUCGAGACAAGUUUGCAGAAACUGUUGUCACAAUACGUUUGCUCUAGAUGAUGAUGCUGAUGAAAACGAAAUGUUUUUAUAUUAUUGAAAAAGGGGGGAAGAUUUUUC